AUGUACUUAUUGUACUGCCCUUAUUCUAGUCGAAUGCGCUGUAAGCAGCAGAAUAUGAACAACAUCGUCAUAAACCGUGGUGAUAGUUUGGUGGAAGACAAUUAUGGUGGAAAUAAUAGUAAUAGUAAUAAUAAUAAUAACAAUAAUAACAAUACCAACAAGAGCAAUAAUAAUUCAUACAAUGACGUCAUCAUAACCAGAGUAAAGUUAAGAAAAAAAUCUAGAAAUACAGGGAAACGAGAGAGAAUAAGGAAAGAUACUCGCCCCAACGGAAACAAUUACAGUGGCAAUGACAUCAACAAAAAUGGUAUGAAUGUUAUUUCAGACGACAACAAUCACAUUAACAACUAUAACUGUAAUAGUGGCAUAGAUAUUAACAUCUAUAGCCUUAGUAACACCUGUGAGAGUUGUUCCGACCACAACAACAACAACAUAAACAACAACAACAAAACCGACGACAUCAACUACAACAUAGAUACUAGCUUAUUUCACGACUUUGCCACAAAUGAAAACUUACUAGACAAAUACAUCAACAGCAUUAGGAAUCUCGACAAACUUGAUGGCGACAUCAACAUCGAGAACAUCAAUCUCUAUCACAUCAACUCUCUCUCAGACGACAUCAACGAUCAAAAUUAUCAAGAAUAUCUCCUUACCGAUAACAACAUCAACAACAUCAGUAACAUCAACUGCACUAACGACAACAACAUCUUUAACAACAAUCACAGAUUCUUUCAAGACAACCCAAAAAUAACAGAAUUCAAUAACAUUCCUAUUCAAUCACUGUCUAGUACAAACGCAUCUGCUAAUUCACAAUUCCUUAACAACAAUAACAACAAUAAUAAUAACACUAAUAAAAAUCGCAAUAACAUUAAUAAUAAUAAUAAUAACAACAAUAAUAAUAAUAACCGUAUCGAUAACCAAUAUUUCGGUAUUCGUAAUAGCCUCUCAAAAAAUAUCUGCAUCGUUAGUAGUAGCGCAAGCGGUAGUUUGAACAGUAACACUAGUAGUGGCAGUAUCAUCGUAGGUAGUAAAUGCAGUAAUUCGCGAUGUAUUUUACAAAUGUCGCUUACAAAUGAAGGUUAUAGCCAUGACCAGACUACAGAAUUCAGCAACGCUAAACACAAAAACUCUUCAUCAUCAUAUCAUCAACAUCAUCAUGGUAAUAUUUCAGUCACUUCUCCUAAUCAUUAUCAUCAGAAGCAGCAGCAGUUGCAGCAGCAGUUGCAGCAGCAACAUCAUCCAUCUACUCUUUCUUCUUAUCAUCAUCAACCUCAUCAUAAAAUUCUGAAUGGCUAUACGGGCUCGUUGUCUAUAGACAGUCUCAGGAGUUACGGGGAAGAUGUUAAGAGUCGAUCGAUUUUUAAGAACAUCUCAUCAACCAUGAAUAAGGACAACAAUAAUGAUAAUAAUAAUAAUAACAUCAACAACAACGAACACAGCAACACAAAAAGCGUCAACACCGAAAAUACUAACAACAACGUAAACUUUGUAACAUCUAGUUGCUUAGACAUCAUAUCUGGUUGCUUAGACAACAUAUCCGGUUGCUUAGACAGCAGAAAUGUAUCAAAGAAUAAAAAUUUUGCUUGUUUCUCGAGUGCAAAUGAAACUUAUAAAAAAAAUUUCAAUACUUUUAAUGGCAGUAUAUUAAGAAAUAUUCUCUGUAGUGGUUAUAAUAAAAAUCAUGAUACUACAGUUAUUACUACUGCAGCAGGUACACCAACUACUACAUCUACUACUAUUACUCUUACUAAUACUACGACAACAACUACUACAAAUACUUCUACCACUACUACUAAUAAUAAUAACAACAACAAUUACAUUAAUAACAACAACUACUACAACAACAUCAUUAAAACAAAUGUUGACAACAACGUUGACAUUACAACUAAUGUUGACAACAAUGUUGAUGGCACUACACUCAUCAAUACUAUCAACAGCCCAGACCUCAACAAACAAAUCCGCACCGAUUUUGAAAACAGAGACUUCAAAGAUCCGUACCGUGUUUUGCCUAAGCUUAAUCUCGCUAAUAAGAAAACCACUGCUCCCGUCAAAAGCAAGCGAAAACACGACAACAACAGCAGCAGCAGCAGCUACAACAACGACAAAACGAGUCCAUACAACAUCAAUAACGACCACCACACGCGUUUCUAUCAUUCGCUAACUCAAAUGACCAAAUCUUCAGACCUGGAUAACAUCGACGAAACACUUCUUUACAACUUCAUUGAGUCUGCCAUCGCGCAAAAUGACAUCUUAGCACUUGCUAAUUUGAGAUUGCUCAUUUCGUCUAAGAGGAAAAACGCCAGAAAAAGACUGAUGAACAUAUGUCGGCUUAUUAAAUCUGUCAAACGUUCAAAAAUCGUGACAGAUAAGAAAUUAGAAAAAGCUUAUAAAGAAUUAACCGAAAGUAAGAAUCGAGUCAAGGAGUUUUUGUUAUAAAUUUCUUUUAAUGUUACGUCUUUGACAAGUUUUAUACAGUUUUUAGCACAUUUUGCAAGAUUUCUUUAUUUAUGACCAUUAAAAAAGUGAAAAAAUAUCUUGUUA